UGUUAACCGCCAAUACGUAACCUCGCGUAGCGUUAUAUUUUAAUGUUUCUUAACAAACAAUUUUAACUGAAUUUUUUAGGUACUUCGGUUUACAAUAUGUCGCAAGUAGUAAAAGCUAAAACUACAAGGAAAAAUGUUGGAACACAAACACGUGAAAUUGAUACUAUAUUAGAAAUAGCACGCUUGCAGGAACAAGUGAAGCUCCUUACAAUUGAAAAUGAACAUUUGAGAAAAUAUACUACUGAAAAUUCUCCAAGAGUUUUGAAAUCUAUAUCAUCUGCAACAUCUCCUAAUGACAUAAGUCUUGAACAUAAUGAAACAGUACAGAAAAAUUUGCAAAAUCAAAGUGUGCAAAGAAAAAAUAUCAAAUUAAUAUCACGUGGCUGUACUUGUAAAGGAAAAUGUUCAUCUAAAAUAUGUGGUUGUGUAAAAAAAAGUAUGCAAUGUGGAGAAUAUUGUAAAUGCAAUAAUGAUGCUUGCCAAAAUCAAGCAGACAAGGAUGUUAAUCAAAAUAAAGAAAAUUUAGAACAUAAUGAAUCGAGAUCUAAAGACACAGAAAGUAAAAAAAUAGUAAAUAAACAUAUGGUUCAUAUUCAUGCACAUAAAAGUUUGUUUAGUCCAGAUACUACUAUACAGGAAUCAGUUCCUAAUAUGGAACAAUUUAAAUCUAUAUCUUUAUACUUUGGUAAUCCUAAAACAUUAACUUUUGACUCAAAUGAAGAAGAUGAAGAAGAAGAAAAACAAAAAAAAAAUGAAGACAGAAAACUGAAGAGACCGUCAAUAAAAAAUAAUAAAAGUAGAACAAAGAAAAACAGUCUUGAAGUGAAUAGCUCUGAGUAUACAAGAAAACUUAGGUCCACUUCUAAUGAAGAAAAACGAAUGCAAAAUGAUAUAGGAAUACAAAAACAUACAUUAAGGAAAUAUAGCUCUAAUGAAAUUCAGAUAAACAAUGAAUUUAAACAAACCAAAAAAAGAACAGAUAAAUAUAUCCAAAAUACGAAUGGUAUGGUAUCUCUAAGGCAUGGUCGAAAAGGAUCUAAUAAUAAAGUUAAAAAAACAAAAGCCACUAAUACUGCUAUUACAACAAAGGGAAGUGGUUCUACUUCAGUAGAAGAUAAUAUGAAGAAAAUAUUAGAUAAUGUAACAAAUGAAACUGUCAAAUCAUUUGAACUAGAAGAAAUAGAUUCUGAUAAAAUAACUACUGAUUGCAAAAAUAAAUCAUAUGAUAUAUUUGAAAAUGGUGAAAAUUUUGAUCCGAUGAAACCUAAACAUGAAUUACCUAGAACACCAGUUCAUCAAAAUAAUGAAACAAUGUCUUACAAUAUUUCAAAUUCCUCAGUAACUAUGUCUAUUAUUUCUAUAAAGGAAAAUAUACCUCAAAUUCCUGCAGAACUCAAGCAAGCUGAAGUAAACUGGGAAGAACAUCAAGCUCAGCUUGUUAUAUGUAACAAAUGCAAAAGAAAAUUUCAUCCACUAAGAAUUGAAAAGCAUAGAUCUUGUUGUAAAAGAGUGUAA